CGGAGCAUGUCAGUAUCUUCACGUCGUUACAGUAGCCAGACUUCCGUGGAGUGGAACUAGACGGGGGUCUUGAAGCGGCGGGAGGGCGUGGGAGCCUAGGUACGAGGAUUGCAGGCAGUGGUACAUGUUCCGCUGACGCAGAAAUAGGCAUUUACUCGUUGCGAAGGAAAGCCACGUGAAGACUUCUGUGAACGGGGGGAGUGGGAGGAGCCCGGUCUGUGGCGCGGCGUGGAUGAGAUCGUCUGGGGGACGCUGAGAGCCUCAGAAGGAAACAGGAUGGGCGUGGAGGGAGCGGAGGCCCAGCGCUUCCUGGAUGAGUUCGUGAAGGAGUUCCCUGACCCGCUGGGCCCAGACGACCCGCUGCCCGUCAGCCCACUGAGCAGCAGGCUCAGUCAGGACGAGAUCCGGGGCGAGAGCCUGGACCUGGCUGGCCGACUGCUGGCUGCGAGGAAUGCCCCACCGCUGCUGAGCGCUGCCCUGUCCCAUGCAGGGCUGGAGGAACUCCUGAAGAGUGACCUCACUCCCUUCCACUGUCCCCCGGACCCCGAGCAGGAAUCCACCUCCGUCUUGCUCCAGUCUGAGCCGCUCCAGCGCCUCUUCUUUAACAAGCUGCGAGAGGUUGGAUUCGCCUGGCAGCAGAGAGCCCCCGCCCCGGCUUCACCCCCCUCCCGUCCCCUCCUCACCUCUGUCCAUGCCAUCCGCAAUGCCCGGCGGAAGAUGGAGGACCGUCACGUGGCCCUUCCCGAGUUCAACCAGCUCUUCGGCCUGCAGGAUGGAGUGGAGCGAGGAUACUACGCUGUGUUUGACGGGCACGGAGGGGUGGACGCAGCCACGUACGCCGCCACCCACCUGCACGUCGCCCUCAGCCAGCACGAGGAGCUGCAGAGUGACCCGGCCGCUGCGCUCAAGAGUGCCUUCACCCGCACCGACGACAUGUUCAGGGAAAAAGCAAAGAGAGAGCGUCUGCGCAGUGGCAGCACUGGGGUGGCGAUCCUGCUGUCAGGCGAUUGGCUGCACGUGGCCUGGCUGGGUGACUCCCAGGUUAUGCUGGUGAGCCAGGGCCAGCCUGUCACGCUCAUGGAGCCCCACAAGCCCGAGAGAGAGGAUGAGAAGCAAAGGAUCGAGGAUCUGGGCGGGUGUAUUGCCUUCAUGGGUUGCUGGCGCGUCAAUGGCACUUAUGCCGUUUCCAGGGCGAUCGGUGACUUUGACCAGAAGCCCUACAUCUCCAACGAGGCAGACUGUGCCUCCGUCCGCCUGAGCGGUAAGGAGGACUACGUCCUGCUGGCAUGCGAUGGCUUCUUUGACACAGUGCAGCCGGCAGACGUGCCGGGGCUGGUGCUUGAGGCCCUGCGGGACAGCGGUGGCCAGGGUGGCCCGGCAGCCCAGCGGCUGGUGUCCCAGGCCAAGAGUGCCGGCUCCAGCGACAAUAUCACAGUGCUGCUGGUCUUUCUGCGGGACCCGGAGCAGCUCCUCCGGGAGGCAGAGGGGGACGCCGACCACCCCCGCUGCUCCGUUGAGGAGACGUCCAGCAUCGUCCAGGACAGCAAGGGCACACCAGAGGGCCCCUUUGGCCAGAGCGCGGCAGAGCAGUGAGGCCGGAAACAGAAUCUGGGCAGAAAAAAACAGGUGUCACAAUAUGAGCUCUGGCAGGUCUCUCUGAAUACUGAGUGUUGGCCUUAAUUUGCAUGUGGUCACCAAAAACCAGGGCUUAUGUUAUGGUCUGACUGGCAACGUGUGCAGACGCACUCUUGAAAGGGUGGUUUGAAGUGGAAACCUGCGUUGCAGUGGGUCCAAAAAUCUCUGCUACUCAACCAAGCCAGGUUUGCUGUAAGGGCCACCCAAGGAGCUUUGGGUCAUCUGUCUUAGGGUCACUGUUACAAGCCACUGGAGCCAACUCUCAAUGGCUUUCCGUGAGCUUAUGUGUUUAAAAAAAAAAAACACUCAAACAAAAAUGUGGCACUGUACAAAAUGCUGGUCUUAAAAGAAUAUUACUCGUGCUAAAAGCUUGGCUGUAAUGUGCUGUUUUUUGUAUAUGAGUAACAUGCAUAUUUAGCAGUGUGUCUGCUUUGUGGGUGUGUCAUUAGUGUAUGCUUCCACUGUCCUGUAAAAGAACCACAUUUUCUUCCUCUCUUAUCAAUACAGAAUACAGAGGUCUAUAAAUCAGUACCAGCUGGGCCAAAAAAAAAAAAAAACAGUGAAGUGCGGCUUUUUAACCACAGUGUAUCAGCACUGAUGGCCAGCCUCCAUCUUUGUUUCCCUUUUGUUUUCCUGUGCCUUUGGAAACAGUGUUAAAUAAAUAGAUGUGCUAAGACUGGCUGGAGACAAACCAAAGACACCAAGAGCACGGGGGCAUUAUGGACUCCCUGUCCUGUAGCCGAGAUGUGCUUGGGGUUUAAUGGCAGCCCAAUGGCUGGGGCAGCUCACAUUGCAGUGUCACAAGUGUCAUGAAUAUUUUAAACCCUGAUGACAUACAGCUGUAGUAACAGGGCAGCUGUAAUAUAAUGGGGCUAUUAAUAGACAAAGUGGAAGGUAUUGAACCAAGCUUGUGGAGGGGCAGAAAGGGGGGGGGGGGUUGGCAAAUAUGUCAAAUGAACCACCUCUGCAUAUUUGAUCUAGCCCUCCUUCAGUUCUCACUUUGCUGAGACUACUGGGUCAGGACAGGAGAGGAGAGCAGAUUCUGCAACCCCCAUUGGCAAUGAGCAGCUUUCUUGGUCUUCUGAUUUUCUAGGUCACCCUAAUCCAUCAGUCACCAUGCUUCAUGAAAACUUUGCCAUUAGGUCAAAUCAAACCUAGUAAUGAAUUCUGCUUCUGUGACCGAGAGUUUGCAUGGAUACAGACACUGCAGCAAUGCGCAAACAUGGCUGCUGAACCUGGGGGGCAAGCACCUCAAGGUUACUAGUUUGGGUUUGGUACCUAACAUUGUUGCUGUCUCUCUUUAUCUACGGUGUUAUCGUAUCUUAUCGUAUCGUAUCUAUGCAGCUAUCUAGUAGAGCUUGCAAGUCUGUUCCAGGAAAUCUGUUGAAUCUGGGUGCUGAGUCAUCUUUUGCCCACAAUUCACAGUACGCAUCUGAUGGGAAACGUUCAGUCGAUGAUGUCGCUUUAUUGUAAACCCUCUCAAAGCAGUGGCUUGUGAUUGAUGUCAGUGUCUGGUAAAAUCCAAAAGAUCUGUAGCUCAGAGAGAGCUGUGUGCCUCUCUGCUGACAACAUUAGACGGUUAUGAGAUAUAUCAGAAAUGAGCAGCUUGCCCUAAAAAAUGUGUGCCCCGUGUAAAACUAGCAAAGCAAGGCUUUGCGUGUCUGAUAAAUAUUUAACCAAAGUCUCCCUAAAAUACGCUGAAUGCACACAAGUUGUGGUGCUUGCAAAGUGUAGAAACCCAUUUUUGUUCUGACAAAAAUGGUACAAGGUUUCGGAAAACGGAUCAUCAGGGCAGUUAUGGCAGGCAGUGUAUUCUGUGUGUUCUUUUCACUGGCCUUAUUGAAGUGAACCAUCACCGGAUAACACCCGAAACCAGCCCCCUGAUUCUUACACAGCUGGUGCAUUUUUCAAAGAGAGGCCUGAAAAAUAUGGAGCCAAAUUCCCCAUCCAUCUUCAUACUGUUAACUAUGUCAAGAAUUUGGGUGCUAAGCCUUUGUACUGAGCUUUUGUAGGGUUGUGGUGUCUGAAAAUUUUGCCCUCAUGUUCAGUGUUUUCACAGUUUCUUAAUGUGUUGAUGUCCAUCAUGAAUCUGGAAGAUGGUAUUCGUUUAUAACCUCUAUACCAGUCCUUUUGCCCAUAUUUGCUGGGAAAUCAAGUGCCAUCUGGAAGGUUUUAUAACAAGUGGAUAUACAGUAUUAAACUUCAUCUUUCGUGUAUGCGUGUGUGUGUGU